UCGUCUUUCCACCCCUCAAGGAAGCCACCCGCCCUUUCCCAGGUCCAGCCCAGCCGACAAAAUGGCCAGCACAGGCCAACCCACUCUGCCCACUUGGAGAUGUUUACGUCUUCAAAGAGCUUUCACGCCCCUAACCAAGUGAGACGGGAAGGCGGAGCCUGACAUUGUCACGUGGCUGCUCCCGCCCAUCGGCUAAGCGAACCGCACUACUUCGCCACUUGGCGUCGGCGGAGGAAUACGAAACAAAUAGCUCACCGGAAGUGCCGUACUAAUGCCCCCGGGAGACCGCCCAGGGCUGCUGAGUGACCCGGGCUGUCAAACCCACCCACCUGAGAAUCCCUUAGCGGGAUCUUGCCCGCGGAGAAUGGUAUCCAGAGCCCACAAACCGCCGCCUCGGCUCGUGCUGCGAUAGGAAGUGUUCCCGUGAUGACCAAUCAGCAGCGACAAGCCGUUUUAACGUCCCUCCCCCUCUCACCCACUGCCCUUUAGUUUCGUUUGCCCCCCCCACCUUAGCAGUGCGUCUGCGCUUUGAGGCCCUUCCGGGACUCCGUCCACCGCGCGCCCAGCUGGGGGUCCAGCGGUGACCCGCCUCCAUGACAUGGCUGGCUCAGAGGCUGAGUGGAUAAUCGUUGCCAAUAACCUUCUUUUAAAAUGUCAUAUACACCUAAGGAUACGAGAACUAGAAGAUUGUGAUGCUAAUGUUUUUAUUGCCCUUUACCAAUCCAUUUUGGGAGAAAAGGUACCAGACCUCAUAGCUAUUCCCAGGAGUCAAGAGGAUGAAGCUCACAAUGUACAAGCAGUAAUUGAUUCACUGGCCUUGGAUUACCUACAAGUCAGCUUGUCUCACAUAACAGGAGAAAAUAUAGUGAGAGGAGAUAAAGAAUCUAUUAAGAAUCUGCUAGAAAUAUUUGAUGGGUUGCUGGAGUAUCUUACAGAACACAUCAGUGAGACAUCUCAUGAGAAAAGUGAAACUGGACAGAGUUUUAAAGAAUCCCAUCAAGGAGAACUUUUGGAAGAGCCAGAAAGUACUAAGGAAUCCAAGUCAUCAUGGAAAAGGGUUUCUUUUGAGAGGUGCUCCUUGUCAUCUGAGGCUUUGGGCCCCUCUUGGGAUGGAGAUGAAACAGAAUCCACCGGUGAAAUAAUUAGACUGGGAGACACGGCACACACCUUUUCUCUCAGAAGUAAUGGUGCCGAAGGCCCUAAUGAAAUGCAGUCCAAAAAAGCCUCAACCGUAUUGUAUGAAGAAGCAUUGCACCCUCCCUUAUCUAGUUUUUUGUCCAAGAACAGAACAUCCUUUGUUGAAAACAUGGAAAUUCCUUCUGUGGAUGUGAUUCCAAGUGCUAGGAAGCUAGGGGAGCCUAUUCGAUCAGCUAUUCCUUUACAUCCACCCUACCACCCUUCAGAGCCUCGAGCACCCUGUCCCAUAGGAAAGGAAUACUUGCGUUCAAGUCACAUCUCCCCUGCCAUGAAUUCUACUGGAGAGGACACAGCAUUUUCUGUGGACUCAGAUAAUAAAGUUCUCUUAACUUCUAAGUUGCCUAAAGAUAGCAAACAGGAAAUGUGUUCAGCUCAGAUCCAAGGCCCUAGGACAAGGAAGUUUCCCAAAGGAAAAAGAUAUGAAAGCAGACCUGCAGUCUCAUCCUGGGAUUCAGUCCUCUCCCAGAGGCCAAGAAAGAGGUUAACAGAACAAGAAUUACAUUCAGUUUCUGAGAAACUCUCUCAACGGCUCUCUGAACUAGAUUGGAUGUUAAAAAGUGCCCUGGGUGAUCGAAUUAAAGAUAAGACUGACUAUGAAGAAGACGGUAUUGGAAAUGAAGAGAUGGAGAGUAGGAAGGAUGAAACCCUGUCUCAGCACAGUGACAGCAUCAUGGAGUAUGGGCCGAAGAAGCGAAGGCCAGGACUUUCCACGCAUAGAAAGCCACCCUACAGAUCUCAUUCGCUCUCUCCAUCUCCAGUUAACAAAAAUACACCGUUCCAUAUAGAGAGAAAACGUCAGCGAAAGCCAAAAGAAACAGAUAUUCGCCAAUUCCAAGCAAAGGCACUAACUGAAGCAUUUGAAAGGGAACUAAGAAGAAAUAAAGUUCAAGAGAAUAUUGGAUCUCUAGGAAUAAAUGAGGAGGAAACAGAAAAAACAUACAGAGAAGCUGCUCAUAAAGGAACUCCAAAACGUAGUCAGCCCUGGAAGACUUACUCUAGAAAAACCACAACUCCAAGUCCAAGAGGUGGCUUGCCAAAGCCAAAUAAAGCAGUUCCAAUGAAAGUAAAUGAACACAGUCUCCUGCCCCUCAUGCUGGAGCAGUUUCCAUUUCUCUCUGUUUCUGGCCAAACACUAAGCAAAAUGUGGAAACAGCAAAUUACACAGGUUGAACAGCUCAAAAAAGAUGCAUAUAGAGAAAAUCGAUCAAAGAAAAAACUCCAGGAUGAAAUAGAAGAAGCCUUAAAAAGGCAUGACCUGCUUACUGCACUUGUCAAGAAAGAAUAUGAACAUAACAAGAGACUGCAAGACUUCAAGGACCGCAUUCAUAGGCAGAAGUUGACACAGUCAAAGAUAACAGAAAAUCGGCAGCAGAUCGUCCGUGCCCGAAAAUACUACGAUGAUUACAGAGUUCAGUUGCGUGCAAAAAUGAUGCGAAUGAGGACCCGGGAAGAAAUGAUAUUUAAGAAAUUGUUUGAAGAAGGUUUACAAAUUCAAAAGCAAAGAUUACGAGACCUAAGAAACUAUGCCAGAGAAAAACGAGCUGAACAAAAGAUACAGCACCAGAAUGAACUAGACUCGAUGGAGAACUACUAUAAAGACCAGUUUUCAUUGCUGGCAGAAGCCAUAUCACAAGAACGUCAGGAACUCAAAGCCAGAGAGAAAUCCCAGGCCCAGACAUUGUAUAAGGUGAAGAGGGAGCUGAGAUCGAAGAUGGAGAAGGAAAUUCAGCAACUGCAGCACAUGAUAACCCAGAACGACGAGGACUCUUUCUUCCGGGAAUUAGAAGCUGAGCGCUUCAGAGCUCGGCUUCAUCUGGCUUCUUUUCAGUACAGUAAGAAUCCCUUCCUCUGAGGCCCGAUUUUAUAAGUGCUUUCUGGAAGCCUUGACUAGGACAGAGCUAGAACUGAGCCAGUAAAGAGUCUAAACCAGGAGACUCAUUUCUAUAUGCCUUACUUAUAUAUUCACUCCAAUACUUGUUAUGACGUAAUUUUUUUAAAUAAAAAUCAUUUUCUCCAAGUA